AGCUCCGCGCGCGCGGCCGCCGCCAGAGCCGGCGCGAAGAGGCAGCGCGGCCCCGCGGUCCCCGGGCGGCAGCAGCGACUGCCUAGUCCCGCGCCUCUUUGGGCCCGCAGCCCCGCGGUCCCGCCGCCCCGGGGCCGCCACCUCUCGGGGCUCCCCCAGUCCCCGCGCGCGCAAGAUGGCUGACCCGGCUGCGGGGCCGCCGCCGAGCGAGGGCGAAGAGAGCACCGUGCGCUUCGCCCGCAAAGGCGCCCUCCGGCAGAAGAACGUGCACGAGGUGAAGAACCACAAAUUCACCGCCCGCUUCUUCAAGCAGCCCACCUUCUGCAGCCACUGCACCGACUUCAUCUGGGGCUUCGGGAAGCAGGGAUUCCAGUGUCAAGUCUGCUGCUUUGUUGUGCACAAGCGCUGCCAUGAAUUUGUCACAUUCUCCUGCCCUGGUGCAGAUAAGGGCCCAGCCUCUGACGACCCCCGGAGCAAACACAAGUUUAAGAUCCACACCUACUCCAGCCCCACCUUUUGUGACCACUGUGGGUCACUGCUGUACGGACUCAUCCACCAGGGGAUGAAGUGUGACACCUGCAUGAUGAACGUCCAUAAGCGCUGUGUGAUGAACGUCCCCAGCCUCUGUGGCACUGACCACACAGAACGCCGUGGCCGCAUCUACAUCCAGGCUCACAUCGACAGGGAGGUCCUCAUCGUGGUCGUAAGAGAUGCUAAAAAUCUUGUACCUAUGGACCCCAAUGGCUUGUCAGAUCCCUACGUCAAACUGAAACUGAUUCCGGAUCCCAAAAGUGAGAGCAAGCAGAAGACCAGAACCAUCAAGUGCUCUCUCAACCCUGAGUGGAACGAGACCUUCAGAUUUCAGCUGAAGGAAUCAGACAAAGACAGAAGACUGUCCGUAGAGAUCUGGGAUUGGGACCUGACGAGCAGGAAUGAUUUCAUGGGGUCUCUGUCAUUUGGGAUUUCUGAACUGCAGAAGGCUGGUGUGGACGGCUGGUUCAAGUUGCUGAGCCAGGAAGAGGGCGAGUACUUCAAUGUGCCCGUGCCACCGGAAGGAAGCGAGGGCAAUGAAGAGCUGCGGCAGAAGUUUGAGAGAGCCAAGAUCGGCCAGGGUACCAAAACUCCAGAAGAAAAGACAGCCAACACCAUCUCCAAAUUUGACAACAAUGGCAACAGGGACCGGAUGAAACUGACAGAUUUCAACUUCCUGAUGGUGCUGGGGAAAGGCAGCUUUGGCAAGGUUAUGCUCUCAGAGCGGAAGGGCACAGAUGAGCUCUAUGCUGUGAAGAUCCUGAAAAAGGAUGUGGUGAUCCAAGAUGACGAUGUGGAGUGCACAAUGGUGGAGAAGCGGGUGCUGGCCCUGCCUGGGAAGCCACCAUUCCUGACUCAGCUCCAUUCCUGCUUCCAGACCAUGGACCGCCUGUACUUUGUGAUGGAGUAUGUGAAUGGAGGUGACCUCAUGUACCACAUCCAACAAGUUGGCCGUUUCAAGGAACCCCACGCUGUAUUCUAUGCUGCAGAGAUUGCCAUCGGUCUGUUCUUCUUGCAGAGCAAGGGCAUCAUUUACCGUGACCUAAAACUUGACAACGUGAUGCUGGAUUCUGAGGGUCACAUCAAAAUUGCUGACUUUGGCAUGUGCAAGGAGAACAUCUGGGAUGGGGUGACAACCAAGACAUUCUGUGGGACUCCAGACUACAUUGCCCCAGAGAUCAUCGCUUAUCAGCCCUAUGGAAAGUCUGUGGACUGGUGGGCAUUUGGAGUCCUGCUGUAUGAAAUGUUGGCUGGCCAGGCACCUUUUGAAGGGGAGGAUGAGGAUGAACUGUUCCAGUCCAUCAUGGAGCACAAUGUGGCAUAUCCCAAGUCCAUGUCCAAGGAAGCUGUGGCCAUCUGCAAAGGGCUAAUGACUAAACACCCAGGCAAACGUCUGGGUUGUGGACCUGAAGGGGAACGAGACAUUAAAGAACAUGCAUUUUUCCGGUAUAUUGACUGGGAGAAACUUGAACGCAAGGAGAUUCAGCCACCAUAUAAACCAAAAGCUUGUGGGCGAAAUGCUGAAAACUUCGACCGGUUUUUCACCCGCCAUCCACCAGUCCUAACACCUCCUGACCAGGAAGUCAUCAGGAAUAUUGACCAAUCAGAAUUCGAAGGAUUUUCCUUUGUUAACUCUGAAUUUUUAAAACCUGAAGUCAAGAGCUAAGUAGAUCUGUAGAUCUCCGUCCUUCAUUUCUGUCAUUCAAGCUCAACAGCUAUCAUGGUGACAUUUUUUUUUUUAUCAUUGCCAAGUUACAUCCGUGUUUUCUUUUCUGAUGAGGCUAGAGUGGCCAUGUUUCAGAACCCAAAUGUCCUCCAGUAGUUUGGAGCAUCUUGAGGAGACGGAAUUAUGCAGGUGGCUUGUAGAAAGUUCUGCAUAAUUGAGACACGCUCAAAGCCCUCCUACUGUGUGCACCCCCAGCAGCUCAAAGCCCUCCUACUGUGUACACCCCCAGCAUGUCAGCUAACGCCCACUGGGGAGAGAAAAUGCUUGGUUUCUCUCCCUGCUUCUCUGCACUGCCAUUUUACCCUGGUCAUCCAACCUACAUCGUCCCCACAAAAUGGACAGAUGAGCUGAAUGCUAACAAUAUUCUUCCACUUUCCAGGCUGGGAGCUUGGCUCGAAUCCAAGUAUAUGGCUGCUUUGCCCUAGAGGGAAUCCCUCCACACUGCCUGUUCUGGAGGCAGUAGAGCUUUGAAAAGAACAUGCUAAAAAUAAAUUUUUAUUUUUAUUUUUUUAAUUCAAUGUUAAGAAGAUUAUCUAAGUCCGAAAGAAAAAAAGAAAAGCAGGAAUGCGCUUUUAGACAAGUAUCGGCCUAAAAGCAUUUCCAGGGGUCAAAAGGUGACCAGUUUGGGUGCUACCACCACGCUGUAGUUUCUGAUACUGUAUGUCUGACACUGGUACCCUCAUCCCCCAAACUACUCAAGAAUGGCAUUUGGCACUGUUCUUGGAACCACAUGGUCACUCUAGCAAGGUCCCAAAGGACCAUGAUUUUACAUUACAUUUCAAACGUUAUUUGCUUUUUUAUUUCUGUCAUUGUUGAAAUGCAAAAAGAAAAAAAUACUCACUUGUUACACAUGCUUUAAAAACUAUGUCCAGAUGUUAUUAGCCACAAUGGCCUGCUUUGUUCAACCAAGAAGAUGGCUAUGGAGCCCAGCAGACUUGUGCCUGUGGGGAGGGGGUUUGUCUAGGUGUAGGACUGGUAUUGGAGAGCUCUCAGAGAGCUCUGAGAGAGACACCAUCUCUCCAAACCAUGAUGGUUGCAUUCUUCAGUUUGAUGUCAUUUUGCAAGAUGUUUGUGGAAAUGUUCAUUUGCACUUCAGCAUCUGUUCUGAUAUUUUUCUCCUAGCAUCAAGAUACAAUAAAAAAAAAGACAAAAGAGAAGAAAUCCUAUUUCAAAGAAAACUGUUCUCUUUGAACAACAAGGACCCCCCACACUACAAAGUAGGGCCCAAGGAAGAAACUCAGUGUUAUACAGCCUCAGUGUUCAACCAGCCAGAAAGCAGGGCCUGGAAACCAUUUAUGGAAUACCUGGUGACCUAAAAUGGGGUGGGGUAGACAGGCUGGAGCCUCCCACAGGCUCAGAGUUCAGAUCGCACAUUCCCACCAGAGUCAAGCUUAGAGGCUAGCUAAGUUUGAGCUUCCUUGAGGAAGCAACUCAAAGAGCUCCCAGAAGUCCAAGUGGUGAGAGAGGCUUCAUUUCCCUCUGAACAGAUGAGGACAGCAGGUGGCCCUUCACCUUUGCCUACAGUUCAGAUCCUGCUCCUCUCAGACAGCCCUAAAGAGAAUUCUUAUCACAUGUCAAAAGAUAUCUAGGACUUCCAGGCCUUCUGAGAAGUCACACAGAAACUAUCUAAGGAUCAGCGUCCUUGAAGUAUACCUCCUCCUCUUAAAGAAGAUAAUGCCUUGCGGUUCUGCUGAGGCAAAGACCCUCAUAGUUAUUCUUCCCUAGUCUCUUAUGCCAAUCUGCUUCAAGUUUGUGGCCUGUACCUUUUAGAUCACAUCAAGCAAACUUGAAGUCCUAGCUGACGAUCUUAGGAUGCUAGCAACAGAGGGAGAUCAGGGCAACCCCACUCCUCACUUUAUUAUUGGGACACCUGGCAUCUGGAAAGUAGAAGUAAUUUUCUGAAGGUUGGUCAGUGACAAUACAAAUGUGGGUAUUCUGACCUCUUAACAUAGGACUCUGCCUGUUCUGUAACAAAACAAGUAUCUCUGAGCCAUAUGUCCAUUCCCAAGCAAGUUAUAUAGGGUCUUUCAUCUGGUUACUGAGUCACCAGGCCUUAGACACAUGCUUAGAAUAAAAACUGUAGAGAAACCUUGGGCCAUUCGCAAGUGAUCUGACACAACCUUAGAGAACAAUGUAGGAAGGAUGGAUAGACGGGUGGAUGGAUAGAUGGUAGAUAGAUAGAUAAAAAGAUAGAUAGAUAAUAGUAUAUAUGUAAAUAUAUACACUACACUCUACAUUUUCAGAUUCUUGCCAUUAUUUUUCAAGCUCCACAGUUUUCAAGCCAAAGUCUCCAUUCCCUUAGUGUACCUUGCUGAAGAUAGGUCCCAGAAGCUUCUGUGGAAGUAAGGGAUCAUUAAUCAGACUUCCUACUGUUUCCUCUUUAACCAACUUUCUAGAUCAGAGGAAACCAAGAAACAGCUUUCAGCACGUAAGAACUCUAGGGAAAUUUUGAAAUUUUAUCCAAAAAGAUAUAUUUUCAUUUAUUUUUGCAAUCAUACAUUUAUGCCCCUUCCAUCCAUCCAAGUAGCAUUUAUUGAACACUAACUGUAUGCCAGGCUGGGUGCCAGGAUAAUGGUGAGAAAAAAAAAAAGAUGCAACCAUCCCCUCUCCCUCUUCCUCCAGCAUACCAUCUGUGGGAAAGACAGUCAUAAAACAAGUGAUUAAAAUCAUGAAGCUGUCUAGAUAGAGUCUCUGGGCUUGUUGAGAAAAUCCACUAUGGACGUCUUUGCAGGUUUUUAGUGUCUCAACAGCCGCAGUUUGAAGUUGAGGGUGUCCUCUAACCUAGUUUCUGAAGCAGUCAAGUAGUGCAGAGGGUACAGAAGCAGAGAGGUGGGAGGGGCUCUUCCGGAAGCCAAAGACACACUCUCCACAUUUGAUCAGACUACAGAAGCUCCCCCAAUGUGAGCAGGCGGGCACCAUGUUAGCUCUUCUUCUGAAGACAGGGAGCUUCCUGACUUCAUGACUUAUUUCUGAAUCUUGAGUGCCAUCUGUCAUGGUCCAUUACUCAGAUAUCCACAGGUCCUCAGGAGAACACCAUUCCCCCUUUAGAAUUCUGCUGAUCACAGUAUGUCACCCUUGCUGAUCACAUCUUGAUCCCUCUAGCACACCUAAAACAGGCUUAAAUUUUCUACCAAAAAAAAAAAAAAGGUAUUUAACUUCUGAGAGAACUGAAAAAAGAAAAACUAAAUUAAAGAAAUCUAAUUAAAGUUGUAAAGUGUGACCAAUCAUAUGUCUAGAUCCAUGAAUCCACCCUUUUAAUUUCUGAGGUUUCUCGCUGAUCUCUUCUGAGAAAGGGUAGGGUCAUGAUGAUGAUCAGUGACAGGAUACCAGUAGAAUCAAUACCCUUCUUAGACAAGUGUUCCUGCUCUCAUGUGGCUUCAAAUGCUACAGCCCAAAAAGUAUUGUCACAACAAAGGGGGCCCAUUCCCUCCCAACAUUCUAAUGUAAAAUUCUGGAGGAUUUUCUGGGACCAGUCAUGCAAUGAAGCCCAUUAAAAGGAAGUCUUAUUUGGAGUACAUGGCUUACUGAAGCACAGUGAAUAAGAAAUGGCUUCCAAAGUUGGAGGUGUAGGAAGGGAAGUUCUGUCACAUACUCUAAGGUAAGGGUGGCUAGAUAGGGAGAGACCCCAAAAGAGGAGCUGCCUUUUGGCCCAGGUCUUCCCUUGUCCUGCCCACACAGAGCUUUAUAGCUUGCAGACUUUGCCCACACACAGUUCACUUCGCACUGGCUCCAAGUGCAGUGUCCUUUAUGCAAGCCUUAGGGCUGGUGGUAUUAUUUCGCUUAUGUAUGAAGAGGGAUCUGCCUCAGGAAUUAGGAAAAGCAAAGAAGUGCCCCUUUAAUCAAGUCUUCUUUCAUUGAUUCAGUGACUACUUCUGAGCAGCCUCCUGUGUGGUCUGUACUAUUCUUGGCAUUGGAAACACAGGAACAGACAAGGACUUUGCCCUCCUGGAAAGAAACAGUGCAAAUUCCUACAGCAGUAAAUGCACAGAAGACAACAAGAAGGUUGCUGACAUCUGGCUUGUAGGAUCAGGACAGAGAAAACAGAGUAUUAAAGAAACAGAAAGUAUCCACGUUUCCAUCUGGAUCAGACAUCAAGUGUCCAAGCCUAGAACUCUCCACAAAAGGCCAGGAUAAAUAGGAAAUGGCAAAAGAUGGCCCACCAUGUAGAAAACAGCUUUAUGAGUAGCCUUAGCCUAUCAAUCUCUGCCCACACUCUUCCAGAUGACUUCCUGAUGCCAGGUUGUCCCCCUCAAUCCCAUAACCCUACUCAGACACCCUAGUAGGAAGUAGGGAAUAUCUUACUUGUCUCAGGAGCAUCCAAGAAGUAGUUUGGAGCCUGGCAAUGGGAAAUCCUUAUCAACCAGUCUGUUAGGGGCUAAGCCUACUAAGAUUGACCGAAGUGAGUCAGCCAACAAACUCUAGCAUGACACAACCUUGGCUUCAGCCAGGCACCUGCCGCUAGCUGCUCAAAAAUUCUAGGCAUUGUGCAAACAGUCCUCAGGCUGUCUCUCCUGCCAGAGCUGCUGUAAUGAGGCAAAAUUAGCUGCU